UAUCAGAUAAGCUCUAUAAAUUGUUGAAUAUGGUCAAUGAAAUGAUUAGUAAAGUAAAAUACUGAAAACAUCAAAAUGAUGAAAAUUUAUUUUUGUGUAUUUUUAAUUAUUUAUAAAGGAUACUUAUUAUCAGUUAAUGGACAAAAUUGCUUUGAAUAUACAUGGAUAGCUCCAAUAUUUGAAAAUUCUAAUAAGUAUAAUUGUUCAUCAAUCAGAAAUAGCCCUUGCAUUUCUCCCCCUUUUUAUACAGAAAAACCACCAGAUGUAAAUCAAUUGUGGGAAACAAAACAAAAAUUAUGUUCUGUAAUGACUGGCAAUAUUUGUAUAAAAUAUACUUUUUAUUUUGAUAACAACAUUGUUAAUACAACAUCGUUUUGUGGAAAAGUAAUAGAAGAUAAUAUACUAGCUAUCACAUCAGGAUGUUAUGAACAAAAAAUUAAUGGUUACGUACUUGAAAUGUGUGCUUGUGAAGCUAGAAAAGGAAAACCUUGUAACACAUCAGUAACAGUAAAAUAUUCUAUUAUUUUAGUAAACACAAUGUUAUUACUUAUAUUUAUAAGGUUAUUUUAAUUUUUGUAAACUUAUUAUAAAUAAAUUAUAAACUAAAUUA